AUGAUUGUCAGUACAAGAGUUGGAUUUUUUUAUUCUAAAGAUCCUAAACAACAUAAUGAAGCAAUCACCGGUGGAUGUCAAAAUGGUUCCUCAGCAGGAAAGAGGCGCAUUGCUGAGAACAUUCGUACACACAUAACUGCGUCGUUUUUCGUCGACGAAGCCAAGGACACAGCAAAUUUGCUCGAUCGCAAUUGGCUUGCAGUAAUUAGUAUAGGCGGUGUCCUACUGCUUGUAGCCGCCAUGAUCAUUAUAUUAAAGUUCAAGUCAAGAAAAUACAAAUAUCGAACGAUGUACCCCCGGGCUGCGUACUCCCAGUUGACUACGAUCGACGAAGAUUUGAUCGCACUAACGCCAUCAACUACUUUGAAGGCCAACACUGAACAAAUACCAACUAAAAGCGAACUUGAAGAACCAACAUAG